AUGAAGCCACGGUGGACAGCUGCAGCGCGCUUCCUCGCCGCCCUCUGCUCAGUGCAUCUGGGCCCUGCCGAAGCGACGCCUACACCUGGAGGACUCGCCGUUCGUUACUCGACCAUCAACCCCAAAAUCACCCUCUCCUAUAAAAAGGUGCCUCCGGGAAUCUGCGCAACCGUGUCUCCGCGCCAAAAGCAAUACACCGGCUACGUCUCCCUCCCACCCGCGACACUGCACCCGGUGGGACAAAACUACUCCAUCAACACCUUUUUCUGGUUCGUGGAAGCCAGGGAAAACCCGCGAUCCGCGCCGCUGACGAUCUACCUCAAUGGCGGACCGGGAAUCAGCAGCAUGCAGGGUCUGUUCCAGGAAACGGGGCCCUGCGUCGCGGUAGAACGGUCAAAGCAUGAAAUCGGCACGGUGCCUCGGGAAUGGGGCUGGGAUCGGGCGUCGAAUAUGCUUUACAUUGACCAGCCUGUGCAGUCUGGGUUCUCCUACGAUGCGCUGAAGGAGGCGUCGCUGGAUUUCCUGACGGGGGCUUUUACCUCUCCGCCUACCGAUCCUCCGCCGGGUCGCUCGCCCGAGACGUUUCGUAGAGGCGUCUUUAGCUCGAAUGAGCAGACGACCACGCGCACAACGGGAAUGGCAGCCAAGGCGAUUUGGCAUAUGCUGCAAGUCUUUUUGACGGAGUUCCCAAAAUAUAAGCGUCACGGGGAUUCUGCAGAAAUCAACGUGUUUGCGGAGAGCUAUGGAGGGAAAUACGGACCGGCGUUUGCGGCGUAUUUCCACAAGCAGAAUGAAAGGCGGAAGAAGGGAGAGAUCCCCAGGUCGAAGACGGUCGAGAUCAAGGUCAAGACAUUGGGAAUCAUGCAAGGCUGCAUUGACGACCUGGUUCAGAAUCCGUACUACCCGCUCUUCGCGUCCAACAACACCUAUGGCCUGCAUAUCAUGACUCCAAAGGAGGUCAAAGCAUACCAUGACCGGUUCAACCUGCCUGGAGGCUGCAAGAACCAAAUAAACGCUUGUCGAGACGCAGUCCGGUCGUCAGACCCCGACGAUGUGGGCAAUGUGAGCAGCGUGAAUGCUGCCUGCUACCAGGCGACAGCCGUCUGCAACGGAGAACUGAGUCAAGUGUUUAGCAAAGUGGGCCGGAGUCCUUUCGACAUUGCACAGAAUGUCUCCAAUCCCCUGCCUCCGCUGACAUAUCUCGAAUAUCUCAACGCGCCCAACGUCCAGCGUGCGAUUGGCUCGAGGGUGAAUUUCACAGAGUCCAGCGGCGCGGUGAACGACGCUUUUCUCCAGACUGGCGACUUUAGUCGAGGCGACUACAUCUCUGACCUGGGCUCGCUGCUCGACAGCGGCGUGCGCAUCGCCUUGAUGUACGGCGAUCGCGACUAUAUCUGCAACUGGUUUGGGGGCCAGGCUGCCUCCUUUGCCAUCGCCGCAGCAUCCAAAUCCUCGUCGCCGUCGUACGCCGCCAACUUCAACUCCGCGGGCUACGCUCCUUUGAUCGUGAGCCGGAACCGCACCGGCGGCGUUGUGAGACAGUUCGGCAACCUCUCCUUCGCGCGCAUCUACGACGCAGGCCAUUUUAUACCGCAUUAUCAACCGGAAACCGCCUUCAAGCUGUUUAGCCGUAUCAUUCAGGGGAAGAACCCGUCGACUGGCGCGCCGAUUCGCGACUUGUCUCGGUUCCGAACGGACGGCGAGGCCAACUCCACGGCCACCCAUCCUCUGCCUGCACCGGCACGGCCAACGUGCUACAUCCGCAAGGCGCCAGGGACGUGUAGCUCCGAUCAGAUCGAGAAGAUGGGCGCUGGCAAGGGAAAGAUAUUCAACGGGGUAUGGUACGAAAAAUGA